AUGAAAUUCCUGAAGUCUCUCUUUCUCGCUGGUUUGGCCAGCGCAAACCAAUCUUUUCGAGUCACGAAAGAAGCAGUUUUCGACGUAACAAUUGACGGUCAAACUGCCGGACAAGUCGUUAUCGGUCUCUUUGGUGAGGAUGUACCAAGAACUGUCGACAACUUUUGCCAGCUUUCUGCAGGUCAUGAAGUUGGAACUUACGAAGGGUCGACUUUCCAUCGAAUCAUCAAAAACUUCAUGAUCCAGGGCGGUGAUUUCACCCGUGGAGACGGAACAGGGGGCAAAUCCAUCUACGGGAACAAAUUCGAAGACGAGAACUUCUCCAUUCCUCAUGCUAUUGGAAUGAUUUCAAUGGCUAAUGCAGGGCCAAACACAAAUGGUUCACAGUUCUUCAUCUGUACCGCUCCUACGCCUUGGCUCAAUGGAAAACACGUGGUCUUUGGAAAAGUGAGUUCUGGAUUCGACGUUGUAAAGUCAAUGGAAGCUGUCGAGACUGGCGGUGCCAGAGGACGAGAUUCGCCAAGAAAAGAAGUCAAAAUCGCUAGAUCUAGCUGCCGAGAUCCAGACCAUUCGUACACUCUUGACUCCAGCAACUUGUAA